UAAUAUGUCUGAGCAAUGUCUUUAAGUUCAUAAUCUAAGCAGAUUCUUUCUAACUAAAGUGACUUGGGAAAGGUGCAUAUAAUGUAAGUGGCAAUUAUAGAACAGCUGCAACUACCCAUUUAAUCUCAAAUUGUACAUGUAUUGUACUUUUUGAAUAGCCAAAUGAAACAAACUGCAUGCCUUUAUUCAAAUUUAUUUUAAGAAUGAAACAUUUUGUCAAUUUGAGCUUUAUUUAGCACAGCUUUGAUGAAGACAGAGUGCCACAGGUAUUUACAGCUGUGCUGAGAUGGACAAUACAGCACGAUUGUGAAUGUGAUAUUGCUUUUAUACAACAGGAUUAUUAUCUUAUCACUAGGAGUUCUCCAAAGAGUUCCCAGCUAAGAGUUUUUGCUUAAAACCAAUUCACAAACUGCUAAGAGCAAAUUUUUACCAACGAAUCGGUGGAAAUCUUAAGAUAAGAGUAAGGCAGAGUUGACCUCGGUGCUAGGGAUGAUGUCACAUUUUAUGAGCACACUUUCUUAAAGAGGCCCUAUUAUGCUUUUGGGGAUUUUACCUUUUCUUUAGUGUGUAAUAUAGCUGUUUGUGCAUGUAAAAGGUCUGCAAAGUUACAAAGCACCAAGUCCAUGCAAAAGGGAGUUAUACUCUCCCACAGACAACACUGCUCAAGAACUACAAGAAACGGGCUGUUUGUAGUCCAGCCAUUUCUUCCGUAAAGUAUCUACGUCACUAUGUAACACGUUUUCAUAAUAGCUGCCUAAGGACUACUUUGGCCCGCCCUCAAACAAACAUAGUUAUAGCUGAGGCCAGGAUGAGUUGGGUUAUUGUUGUCGCCAUGUCGAGAAGAUGCUGAUUUCUUCACUGCGAAAGCAAAACCUCUUUGCUUGGACUUCCAAAGGCAGAUGAACUGAAGAAUCAGUGGUUAAAAUUUAUUUUAAUUAAUUAGCAGUACAACCACAACCAAUGCUGGAUUUUCAAGAUGGUUACUCCUGAAAGAUGGUGCAGUUCCCACUUUUUUGGGACAAUCUGGCACUUCAGUAUCACAACCUGUAUGUAUGCUUGAUUAUUUUUGGAUGUAUCUGCUACAGAGAGUUCAUUUGCAGAGUUUUGUGUUGUACACAGCAAAAUCCCCAGUGAUAAAUGUACACUCCUGGUGUUUAUAUGGUUCUCGCUCGCUGGUGUUAAAAACUAACACUGAAGCAGUGUUGAAUCUACAGCAGAUAAUUAAAUAAAGUAGAUACACUCUCUGAGUGAUGAUUGAUCAUUAGUGAUGACACCUGAUGUUAACAAGCAGAGUCUACUGAAGGAAAGAGAAACAACAAGAACAGGAAAUCAAGAGAACAGACCAGCAAACAUGUAAAUAAAAUUAAAGCUACAUUAUUCAUACCAAUAACAAUAAAUAUGAAAGAGUUAUUGUAACAGAUAUUUAAGUUGAGCAGAUACUGCCAGCGAAGGCUGCAACAGCCGUUUAUUAAAAAAAAUAGAACUUUUACGCAAUUAGACAUUCAGACAUUAACACUCGGCGUACAAAACUCAUCAAUGAUGACAAUCAACAAACUCAUUUUUAGAUCCAUGCUGCAAUGCAUGCUGGGUGCCAUUGUUGAGUUGUGUACUAUGCAAACACCCAUAAUGCAUUGCGGCAUGAAUCUGAAAUUGACUUUUUUGAUUGUCACCAUUGAUGUGUUUUGUAUGCUGAAUCUAGAUGUCUGUGUGUAUCACCGACAGCUUACAAAUUAUCCUAAAGAGACAGUUUCUGUUGUCACAGCAUUGAAUUCACCCUUUUUCUUCAUAUUUCUUCUCAGUAUUUAUGAAAUUUAUAUGAAUUUACUUUUAAUAAUGAUACUACAAAUGAUAUCUCAAUUACAUAUACCUGAUAACAUCCAGGUGGAUUGUCUCUAUCACAGUGUUUUGUACUUAAACAACACUACACUGCCCUAGAUAUAUUUACCCAAAUGUUUUGAUGUGAGUAUGUGAAUGUGUUUUGCACCAUAUUCACUGCAGCAACUGCAGCAAAAAUGUGAGCGUAUGAGUUUCUUAAUUUGUGAUUCGUAGAAUAGGAUUUGUGCACCUGCAAUGAAGAAUUUGAGAAAGUAUAACUGUUGUGUUGUGUUUGUGGGAGAGAAAAAAAAAAGUUUGCAACUCUUAAAACAUUUUUCUCUGUGACUUAAAAUUUACUGAUACACAUGUGUGGCUAAUCUCUACAACUACAAAUUCCACUGUCACAGGCGCUCAGAUGUUUUGCUCCAAAAAUACCCUCAUAUGUAAUAUUAAUGUUUUGGUAAGGGUUUACUAUUUAGCUGUGGGCCGGCUUUUACCUAAAACUGUGUAACAAAAUGGUCGAUCUCAAGAGUCUUAUUGUAAUGUUUAAUGUGUGUGUUCAUGUAUAUCAUGUCUUUUAUUUUGUAAUUCUAGUCCCUGUUUCAUGUCAUGUGUUCCCUAUUCAUGUGAUGUCCUGUUUUCCCUCCAUGUUCAUGUGUCUUGUUUUCAUUGGUUCAUUGUUUGAUUAUCUUAUUUAGAGUUUUGUCUGUUCAUUGGUUAUCCUUGUCAUGUGUUUUCCCAUGUCCAAGUAUUUAAGCCCUCAUGUUUUCCAUUGUCGUUUGUCAGGUAUUGCGUUGAUGUAAUGAUGGUUCAUAGUCUAGUCAAGUUUAUGUCAUAGUCAAGUCAAGUUCCUGUUUAUGUUUUAUUUACGUUUGGAUUUACUGUUUUGGAUUUCACGUUUGGAUUAAAUUGCACUUGGGUUUCUCAUUUCUUCGUCAUCAUCUUCGUUACUGCCAGCAGCAACAACGUUACAGAAAUACCUGACCUACAAUGAACCCUGCAAUCCAGCUCCUCCGCCUACGUCAGGGGAAUCGUCCGCUGGAGGAUUAUGUUGAGGACUUCUGCGCUCUGGCCUGCUGGGUGGACUUUAAUGAGGUUGCCCUCAAAGACAUUUUCUGUUUUGGAUUAAAUGAGCCAAUCUCUUCACUGAUGCCAGGCGGUCAGAGUACCCACAACCUGGCUCAAUAUUUCGACCUCGCUCUGCAGAUUAUUGGUUCCACGUUCACUGUGGGGGAGGCGGAUGCCAAGCCAGAGUUCCACGUCAUAGCUGCCGAGCCAGAUUUGCUCAUCAUGGUCGCUGAGCUAGCGCCAUCUUUUGCCCCGGAUCCUCAGCCUGCUCCAUGCCAUGUCACAGCCAUGACUCAGCCUGCUCCAUGCCAUGUCACAGCCACGCCUCAGCCUGCUCCAUGCCAUGUCACAGCCACGCCUCAGCCUGCUCCAUGCCAUGUCACAGCCAUGCCUCAACCUGCUCCAUGCCAUGUUACAGCCACGCCUGAGCCUGCUCCUUGCCACGUCACAGCCACGCCUGAGCCUGCUCCAUACCACGUCACAGCCACGCCUGAGUAUGUUCCACGCCAUGUCAUGGCCACAUCUGAGCAGUUGGACCUGGAGAUGGUUCCCGCCCUUGUACCCACCCUUAGUUCUCCUGAGCAGGCAAGGGGAACUUUCAACCCUCCGAGCCCUGGACUCCGGCUUGGCCUGUCGAUCCCUCGACAUCACCUCGGCUCUGCGUUCCCUCGGCUCCACUGCAGUCCUUCAGCCUGUCAGCUUUGCCAGGGUCCCUCGUCCCUCCAGCUCCUCCUUGGUCUGUCACCUGGCUCCGCCUUGGCUCUCCGAUCCUCUGGCUGUGCCUCGUCCCUCCGGUCCAUCAGCUCCACCGGGGACCUCCUUCCCUAUGGCUCCGCCUUGGUCCUCAGCCCCACCGGCUCCACCUCAGCCUUCCAGUCCCCUAGCUCCGUCUUGCUCCUUCGAGCCUCCAGCGCCGCCUUGGUCCUCCCUGCCAUCGGCUCCACCCUGGCCCUUCGAGUCUUCGGCUACUCUCCGGGCACCAAGUUCCAUGGCUCCACCCCUCAAGUCUCUCACAACCCCACCUUCCACAGCUCCACCCCUCGAGACUCUCAGGGCCACACCUUCCAUUCCCUGGUCCCAUGCCCCACGCCCCACGCCCCACGCCUCAAGAACCCCCCCCCCCCAUCCCAGCUCCCUACAGAGCUUUGGAACUAUGUCAUGUUUAAUGUGUGUGUUCAUGUGUUGGGGCAUCGGGAGCUGCCCCUAGUGGGGGGGAUAUGUAAUGAUUAAUGUGUGUGUUCAUGUAUAUCAUGUCUUUUAUUUUGUAAUUCUAGUUCUUGUUUCAUGUCAUGUGUUCCCUAGUCAUGUGAUGUCCUGUUUUCCCUCCAUGUUCAUGUGUCUUGUUUUCAUUGGUUCAUUGCUUGAUUAUCUUAUUUAGAGUUCUGUCUGUUCAUUGUUUAUCCUUGUCAUGUGUUUUCCCAUGUCCAAGUAUUUAAGCCCUCAUGUUUUCCAUUGUUUGUCAGGUAUUGUGUUGAUGUAAUGUUGGUUCAUAGUCUAGUCAUGCCAUGUUAAGUCAAGUUUGUCAUAGUCAGGUUUAUGUUUUAUUUACAUUUGGAUUUACUGUUUUGGAUUUCACGUUUGAAUUAAAUUGCACUUGGGUUCCUCAUUUUUUCAUCUUCAUCAUUGCCAGCAGCAACAAUGUUACACUUAUAUAAUUAUAUAAUUACAAGCUGUAAUGUUACAGCCGCUAUAAACGGUAGUCCACGGCUAAUUUGCUCACUAACCGGGAGUAAGCCUCUGUUCUCCGUUCAUAUCUCGGGCAAAAAAAGUUCAGCUACACCCAUUCCAGCAAAAGAUGACUAACUUAGAUGCACUAUGUGUCUUUUACUUAAAGCUUUGUUAGGUUCACAAUAAUCAACAGUGCACUUGUAAGAAAGCUACAAAAUUAAAACUUACCACUGUGAAACGUUCUGCUCAAGUCGUGCUUGCGAAGGUGGUUUGGAUCGAUCAGCUUGUUCUUCCAAACUUUCGUUAUCGGAUUCGGACUCAAACUGGUACGGCAAAAGCUAAUGCCAGUGUUACCAUAGUUACAGUAGUGUUUAUAGAGCUGCUCAUGAAGUCUGAAACUCAGUUAUGGUAAGGGGCAUUACAUUUCUAACACACGAUCUAUGCGGUUGACCAAUCACAACAGACUGGGCUUUUCAGAAAGGGGGCUUUAAAGUGACAGGACCUAAAUCAGAGCAUUUCAGCCAGAUUAUGAAAAUAGAUUGUGCAGAAUUGUACAGUAUGAGAAAAAUAAUGUGUGUUUUGAACAUUAAAUCAUGUAAACCUAUUCUAGUAGACCCCCAAAAUAAAAUCAUGAACCUGUAAAUGAGCAUAAUAUGGGCUCUUUAAAUCACCCAUAGUGAUUAGUAGACACGGUAUGUUUGUCGGCAAGUUGUUAUAUACAGACAGCGGGAUAUUUAUUUAUAUCCUGUAUAUAUUUACAGUAUACUGUAUAUAUCCUGUGUGUAUAUAUAUAUAUAUAUAUAUAUA